GUGAUGAAUGGCGUGCUCAACUCAUCUGCAUCCUUGGGCGCCAUACCCGUCACUAGUUGUGUCUGUCUAAACGGUAUUUUCGAUCUUCCAACGGAGGUCAGUCUGAACCCAAAUGCCUUCUCAGCAGCUGUUGCCACGGGCUGUAGUGGAAGCCACAGCAUGCCACGUAACCCUCUUCGCGCUCAGCAGCUUCAUAAUCAUCCAUUUAUUCCCUUUCAAUAUCCUCAACAGCUUGUGCGCAAUCAAACUUUCGGCAGCUACCAGCCCAAUAUCGUUCCUGUCCACAUCGGGCCCCCCACCAUUAAUACCCCAUCCGGGAGGCCUGGCCUCCUGUCAGGCUCAUUCCCAGCUUUCACCAAUGGAUCUAAUGUUCUUGGCCAUGCGUUAAUCCGACAACCUGGAACUAGCCUCAGCAGCAACAAUUUCGCCGGUAAGAGUCAAAUUAAGAUGCCAACUUGCGGUCUCGAAAUGACUGACUCAAACUGCCUGAUUGACUUGAAAGCACAAACUUCUGAAAAAGCGCCCUUUUGGAUGCCCGGCGCCGGGCUGCCGUACGAUUUCGUCUGUUCACCUCUGGCCGCUGCUACCAAUUCGUCGUCUCCGUCUGUAUACAGUCCUGCCCUGAUGAUGCUAGUAGCCGCGGCUACAGCCGCAAGAAACAUUUCAGCCCAGCCUCUGAUGAACCCUCCCUGCCUCAAUCCGCGAAUAUACACGAAACGCUCCUUGCCAAACUGUGAUAACUUCAUAACAUUUUCUUUACCAGUUACCUCCACUUCCUCUUCCAACUUUUCUCAAUCCACUUCUGCAUUCGUGCCCACCGUCACGUCGGUAUCUCCACUUUUCUCUUCUGGUUGCACGGAAGCCAAUAGGCCAAAAGCACAGGCAUUGAGCUCCGUCUGCCAAUCAGACGAAAUGGUACCACUGCCUCUCACCUUCUCCCUUGCUCUCACUCUACCCGGAGUCCAUACUCCGGCACACAUACUUCCACCCCCUUAUGGUGCAGCAUCACAUCACCUCAAUUUGCCUCAUUUAGCUUCCAACCUCGCCGCUCCUGUGCAAAAUGUUCCUGAGUUGACGUCUGGCAUUGUCUCAGCCUUGCCAGACCAGUUUCAACCUACGCUUUUGCCUCCAUCUUGCGCUGGCCAGAUCUCCGCCAUGGGUGUUCUGACUCCACCCUGUGUAACACCGAUUUCAACAACUCUGCAAACAACUACUCCAAUUCACCAGAGUAGUCUCUACAAUACUCGGCCAGGUCUAGAACCGGAGUUAGGAGUUGGUGGAAAGAACUUUCUCAACCAUGCCUCUCUUCAACAGGAUCAUGCAGGUGCAAUAUAUUUUGAUGAUGCCAAAUCCUUGGCUUAUGCUCCAAACCACUUCCAGUUACCUGGCCCGACUUCAUCGGCAACAGCCUCAGAAGUCUCCGUUCUUUCCAAAUCACAUCGACUGCCGCACUUUAACACCACACCGACUAAUUUCCAAGCAACAAGUCCAUCAUUUCCAGACGUCUCGCUGUCAACUUCAUCUGCAAUAGCUGCGGAGGCGAUGGCACUAACACAGACCACACCACUUAUCUAUCCUCCUUCCUUAAUGGCACCCGGUCUGCCUAUACGUUUUGAGAGCCCUCGUCCUGAUGGGCUUUUGACUGCCGGGUUCCCGGCAAGUUCGACGGGACUCUCUGGUUUUCCGUGCCUCCCCAAUCGACCUUCCCUCCUCGGACUCAGUCCAACGCCUCUGAUGUCGCUCCCUGGCAACUUGCAGCCCUCAGUCAGUCAGGCUGGACUCAACACUGGUCUGUUUCCUCUUCAUAUGACCAGUUAUGUCCAGCCUCCACCUCUGCUUACUCCUCCUCCACCGUCUCCUCUACAACUGGCCCACCUAUCUCCCAUGUUGGCGAGGAUUCAUGCAGGCUCACUGGCGUCGCCAAUAAUGCCAAAUGCUGUGUCGUCAACGGCAAAUCCCACUUCCUCGGCAACGAGCGAUCUCGCCAACAUUGGAAUGCUCAUCUACGCUUCACCGCCCAGGUCCACACUUGAAAGCCAAAUGCAGAGUCCUUUCUUUCAUCAGAACAGACAGAAUAGCCGGCCGAAUCAAGUAGAUGGUAUGGGACCAUCUGCCAUAGUCAGUCAAGCUCUGCCCUUUCUUCUUGCCUCCAAUACCUCUGACACGGGCGCAUUAGUCACCAACCCUCAAGUAUAUUCUCAACCAUUGGUGCCACAGCAUUACCAGGAGAUUCCACAACUUUUUAUCUGCAUCAAAGGCAUGCCUUUAGAAGCGACUGUUACAGAUAUUCUAGCUUUUUUGGAGAACUAUUGGCAGUAUAUUGCAUUGCAGGGCAUCCAUCAGGUAUUCGACUCAAUGGGUAAUUCUACUGGUGAAGCUCUCGUGCAGAUGGUCUCUACGGAGAGCUCCAUAACUGUUGUUAAUCGAAUGACAGGCCUCCCUUUCCGUGCCUCGGCUACAGGCGCCGAGAGAUCAGUUACGGUCUCUCUUUCUUCACCACUUGAAAUCGCUCAAAUUAUGUUCCCGCUAUCAACUGGACUUCUGCCUGUGGGGUUACAAGCCUUUCCUGGUACUUCUGACCCUAUUCUGAGUCAUCCGCCACAAAUGCAGAUUUCGAAAAUUACCCAAAUACCUCAGAUGGAGACUCUUUCGCAGAUCUUUCCGAGGCCACCUGCCCCGGUCCCAAGUUAUUUGGUCAAGAAAAUUACUUGCGUACCGCAAGAAAGCAAUUAUAGCACAGAUAAGUUGACUAACAACAUAUCUAAUGAUAUUCAAAGUAGCCAGCAAAUAGCUGGAGGAGAUAUCUGGAAUAAAAACAGGGGUGCAGAAUCAGAAUCAUGCUUAACACUUGGGUCAGAGGGAGACAGAGUAGAUAAAUGA